AUGUCUCGAUACAAGAGGAAGACUAAAGAUAUAAAAGGUUCUCUACCGCAUUCUCAACAUUCAGCUGAUAGCCAUGUCCCUAAACCCCAACAGGCACAUCCAAACCGUGAUGAACCAGGACAACAAGUCCAUGAUGAGGCAGAUCUUAUCCAGUUUCGAAGCGAUGCUCUUAACAGGUUCAUAAAAAACCAGGAAUAUAUGGAGAAAGUGACCUCUGUUGCUAUCAGUUGUCUGAAGAUAACUCCUCCAUCUAUUUUCCCGGUACCUACACCACGACCAGCGAAAGGUGAAAUAAAUGAUCAACAACAACAGCAACAAUCUCAAGCUUCUGUUAUUCCUGGCGGAUUUACUCCUCACCAGAUUACCCAUUCUACUCUGGCACAAGAAUUGGUCAGAUCUGAACAGAUAUAUUUUGGUGAUCUUGAAUGGAUGAAACAAGAAAGUAGUCGAAUGCUGAAAGAAAUGACUCAGUUUAUAGAGAGUCUCAAAGAAGUAAAAGUGGUUCUUCAUGAAGGAUAUGAAUACCAAAAGGAAGCAUCUAACAGACUAUAUAAACUACACCAAGAACUUGCUGCGAACAGAGACACCCAAAGCUAUACUCAAUUACAAUUAGAAGUGGAUAAAGUCAUGCGAGAGUAUAAAGAACAAUUCACCAGUAGUAAGCUUAAUGAGCUUCAAGGGUUUAAGAAGUUUUCAGUUAAGAUCGAUGAUGUGGUUGUGAAUGAAGCUCCAGCAAACUAUAACCCCAAACUGGUCAAUACAUAUAUUAAUUUCUAUGCUAAUCCUGGCGAUCAAGGCUUAGAAAUGAAUUCUGGUGUUGGAGAUCCUAAUGGUGGUGGAAAUAGAUCUCAAGGACAAUUUUUUAAUAUGAAUGGUGGACCGAUUGGAGAUGGAGCUGGAACUGGAGUUGGAUUUAGUCCAGGUGGUGGAGGAGAUCAUAAUGGCCCUAAUGGACCAUUUAUUAGUGAUAAUAGAAGUGGUGGUGGUAAUGGUGGCAUUUUUGCGGGUACUCCAAAUUCAAUGGGAUCCAUGCAGAGAUCACAAAUCGGUGGUCCUGGUGGAAAUACCGGAAGACUUCAAGAAAUCCCCAUAACUUCACAAAUUACACCAAUCAGUGGUGGUCCAGGAGGAGUUAAUGUUGAUAGCCACCCGCUUAAUGGAGAUUCUUUACCUGCUACCAAUGGGAUUAAAGGUAGUGAACCUUCAUCGAUUUCUGCAGCGUUCCCUGGAGAAUUGGACGAAGAAAACAAUGCCAAACAUUUGGAUAAUGAUCUUCCUACAGUUUACGACAAUAUGAUUCAGGAUGACAUCAAUAACUUAUUUGAUGCAGAUAAUGGUCUGGAUUUAGGUAAUGAUGGAGUAAACGAUUUAAUCAAUUUUGAAGACGAAGAUAAUAAUAUAAUGAACGAUGAUGCCUUUGACCAAGACUUUCUUAGUCAGAUUGAUCACAGUAUGGAAUGA